AGGCAUCUCAUCGCUGUGGGUUUGGCGUCUCGCUAACCGACGCUUCUCAGCUGAUCCAUUUCGACCCCCUCCGCCUCUUCCGCCUCCUCAGGGUUUUUGGACCAAAAAAGAAACCCUAAUUUCGACGGAUCGAAGCGUUUUACGUCGUAUGAAGAUUCAAAAUGGCUAGUAUGAGGGAGGGGUGAGAUGAGUCGGGCGCACUGGUGAACCCCUAACACGGUGGCGAGUGGAGCGGAGGCGACGGUGAUCUGCAGAUGCAGUUCGAGCAAGAGCAGGAUCUUGUCGUACACGACGGUACCGGCAACGAUGGUUCCGAGGGUCCUCCCAGAUGCCUUCGGUGUGGCAUUAGUGCAAAUGCAACACCACAUAUGCGCCGUGGGCCUGAGGGACCAAGGACUCUUUGUAAUGCAUGUGGGAUUGCUUGGACAAAGAGUUUGCAUAAACAGGGUAAAAUGAGGAGAAUGGUUGACCCAAAUGGCCCUUUGAGUGAGGUCACAAUGGCAAAAUUGGUGCCGGAAAUUGAUAUGGAAUUUGAAAGCGAAGAGAAGGCAUAUGAGUUCUACAAUAAGUAUGCUGGACAUGUUGGUUUUAGUGUGCGAAAAAGUUCUUCGGAUAAAUCAUCUGAAAAUGUUACUAGAUCUAGAACUUUUGUUUGCUCAAGACAAGGGUUUCGUAAGGACAAAAAAGGUGCAAAAGAAGUAAAGAGGCCCAGGCCAGAAACAAGAAUAGGAUGCCCUGCACGAAUGACCAUUAAAAUUACACCAAGUGGUAAAUACCGAAUAACAGAAUUUAUAGCAGACCACAACCAUCAGCCAGCACCACCUUCAACAACACACAUGUUAAGAUCUCAAAGGAUAACCAUUGAGCUUCAGGCUGCUGAAGCAGAUUUGUCAGAUGAUUCUGGGACAACUCCAAAAUCUACCAAUGAGACUGCUCCAAGGCCAAUUGGCGGCCCUAGAAAUGUCAUGUUUCUUCCUGCAGAUUACAAGAAUAACCUCCGAUCAAAGCGAAUGAAAGCCAUGCAGAUGGGUGAUGCUGGAGCUGUACUAAAGUAUCUGCAGAGCAUGCAGCUUGAUGACCCUUCCUUCUUCUAUGCUAUUCAGGUAGAUGAGGAUGAUAGAUUGACUAACAUUUUCUGGGCAGACUCAAAAUCUAUAAUGGACUUUAACUGCUUUGGUGAUGUCGUGUGCUUGGACAUGACUUACAAAAUAAAUGGAUAUGGUAGGCCCUUGGCACCAUUCCUUGGUGUGAAUCAUCAUAAACAAACAACUAUAUUUGGUGCUGCAUUGCUGUAUGAUGAAUCAAUAGAUUCUUUCAAGUGGUUAUUCGAGACCUUUAAGAUUGGGAUGCGUGGAAAGCAACCAAAGACCAUAUUGACAGAUCAAUCCAUGGCAAUAAGUGGUGCAGUAGCUUCAGUCUGGCCAGGCACUAAUCAUCGACAUUGUGUGUGGCAUGUUUACCAGAAUGCUGUUAGAAAUCUAAAUCAUGUAUUCCAAGGUUCAAAAACCUUUUCAAAAGAUUUUAGCAAGUGUAUCUAUGAUUGCGAGGAAGAGGAGGAAUUCAUGUUAGCAUGGAGAGCAAUGUUGGAUAAAUAUGAUCUCAAAAAUAAUGACUGGUUAGGCAAGUUAUUUGAGGACAGGGACAAAUGGGCUUUACCUUAUGGUCGAGACAUAUAUUGUGCUGACAUGAAAAGCACUCUGCAGAAUGAAAGCUUGAGUAGCGUGCUAAAGAAAUACUUGAGUCCUCAGUUAGACCUCUUAUCCUUUUUUAAGCAAUACGAGAGAGUGUUGGAUGAACAUCGCUAUGCAGAGUUACAAGCUGAUUUUCAUGCUAGUCAAAGCUUCCCAAGAAUACCUCCCUCGAAGUUGCUCAAACAAGCUGCAAAUCUAUAUACACCUGUGGUCUUUGAAAUAUUUAGGAAGGAGUUUGAGAUGUUCAUGGAUUCUAUGUUGUUUGGUUGUGGUGAGGUUGAGAGUAUAUAUGAGUAUAGAGUUGCUGUCACCGAUAAACCCAAAGAACACUAUGUUAGAUUUGACUCUCGAGAUUGUUCUGCCUACUGCAGUUGUAAGAAGUUUGAGUUUGUGGGGAUUCAAUGUUGUCAUGUGCUAAAGGUGCUCGACUUCAGAAACAUCAAAGAAUUGCCUCGUAAGUACUUCUUAAAGAGGUGGAAAAAGGAUGCUAAGUCUUCUAAUGAAGGCAACAAUUGGGUGAUUACAAGUGAGAGUGAUCCCAAGACCCCCACAAGCUCAUCCCUGAUUGUUCCAGUGACAUCCUAUUCGCAACAGCAGGGUUUUCAUGGCUCAAGUCAAUUUAGUCAAGAUCCUUCUGUCUCAGACUUGCAUCAACAUUCAUUUCCUGCCAGCACUCAGUUAAAUCAGGGAUAUUCAGCUGCAAGUAUGCACUCCCCAGCAUUUCUUGGGAGUUCCCAUGUGAACAAUCGGACAAAUGAUGAAGGCCAUUGAGACAUUCAGAUCUCUGUCUGAAUUACCUGAGUAUGAGUAGUUUAGAAUUCCUAUAUGAAGUGAUGUUGCUUUUGCUGCACAAACACAUGGGCGCAAGGUCUUCAGUAUCCCAUGGAAAUUCCUUUUGGAUGCUUGAUUGAAGUGCCUUGAGAUAAGAAUCGUGUUAGGGUACAGAUGACAUAACAAAAUGAUCCCCCCCCCAAAUAGUAAAUAAACUACGUACAUCAUGGCAGAUAUUCUUGUUGUCAUGGAUGCUAGUGUUGUACUUUGGCCUUAUGCCUAGGUUUCAUGUUCACGGUUAUGUUAAUUAGUUUGCCAUACGCUUGAGCAUGGAGACAUAUAUUGUAAAUGGUGUUAUCACUUGGGCAUUUGAUUGGCGUAUCUAGUUUGGGGAGAUCAUUUUUGGUCUUUGAUAUGGAUAAUAUUAGUGUUGUAGCAGUCAUCUUUUCCUGCAUUAGUACAUUAGGAGACUCUUUUGAAAGCAUCAUUUCAUCUUUUAGAAAGUCUGAUCUGAAUGCUCCUCUUGUUUCUUCAUAUUGGACUGAUCCCAACUCAAUCAACUAAAAUUUCCUCGGCUUCCAUCAUGGUUUAUUAUCGUACUUUUCAGAUCUUUCUGGUAUAAAAUAGAUCUCACUGGCUUCUAAAAGCAGUUUCUGAAAUUGGAGAAAAAUGUUUGAUUAAGUUCAUAGCAAUUAACAAGAUAGUUGGGUGCAGUUUGUAGUUGAGAUGGUGUCUAUUAAUGGUGACUCAUCCAUUUGGAAUAAUUUGCUUGUGCUCUUAAGGAUUUACAGCUUCUGUGCAGGUCAUAUGGACAAGCACCCAUCGAGCUAUCUGAAGACAUGGGCAUAUGAACAGGCAAGCUGUUGGCAAGGUUUCCUACGUUAUCAGGAUGAUGCUAUGUACCAGAUAAAUGAGUGCUUAAAGAUCAACAUUGACGAUAACAAUGGAGGAUGGUGUUUGAUCUGCUCUGUAAUGACAAGGAGUGUAAGUUGCGCUAUCAAUGCUUAAAGAGGAGCCUAGUACAGAAGUAAGGGAUAUAAUGAUCCCAUGAUAAUAUUAAAGGUUUCAAAAGCUUCAUAAGGAGUGUAGAACCAUGUAAGCUGCAAUUCAGUGGCUUCUAUGACAACAAGGAACAUGCUUGAUGAUUGUAGUUGUCAGUUGGGUCAAUGAAUUCCCAAUUCCUUCCUUGCA